GACAUUUGUAAUUACAUGUGUGACAUAAUAGGUGCUAUAAAGAGCUUUUGUAAAUUGAUCAAAUUUCUUAUCUCCUCUUUACAGGAAUAUAUUAAAGGAAUCUGUGAACCUGAACUAGAAGAAAGAGAAUGUUACCCCAAGGCCAUGCACUGCAUUUUUGUUGGGGCGCAGAGCCUGUUUCUGAAGAGCUUGAUUCAGGACACCUGUGCCGAUCUCUGCAUUCUGGACAUCGGUCUUCUUGGCAUCAGAGGAAGUGCCGAAGCUGUGGUCAUGGCUAGGAGUCACAUUCAGCAGUUUGUAAAGCUCUUUGAGAAUAAUGAGAACCUACCCAACAGUCAGAAAGAAUCUGAGGUGAAAAGGGAAUUUAAACAAUUUGUUGAAGCUCGUGCAGACAACUAUACAAUGGACUUGUUGAUUUUGCCCACUUCCUUGAAAAAAGAGCUUUUGACACUCACACAAGGUGAGGAGAAUUUAUUUGAAACAGGAGAUGAUGAUGUUAUUGAAAUUAGAGAUUCUAAACAAGCAGAGUUUCCACAGAAUGCUGCCACAGGGCUGAAUAUUUCCAGAGAUGAAAUUGUUCUGCAGGAAGAUGCAAGAAAUAAAGCUAGCACUCCUGUUUCUGAGCUUACAAAACAAAUGGACACAAUCUUUUCUAGUUCACAAGAUGUACUUUUUGUUCCAAUAAAUGGUCUAACCCCAGAUGAAGAGGCACUUUCCAAAGACAGAAUUUGUCACAAAAGGAGAUUUUCUGAUUCCGAAGAAAGGCAUACCAAGAAACAGUUUUCUUUGGAAAAUGUGCAAGAGGGGGAGCUUUUACCUGACAGUAAGACGUUAGCUGGAAGUGUAAUCAUUGACUUAUCUGAUUCUUCUGCUGAUCCUGAAAAUUUAAGUCCAGAUGUAAAGGACACUACUGAGGAAAUGGAAUACAACAUCCUCGUAAAUUUUUUUAAGACCAUGGGCUAUUCCCAAGAAAUUGUUGAAAAGGUCAUUAGGGAGUAUGGGCCAUCUACUGAACCAUUAUUGCUCUUAGAAGAAAUUGAAAAAGAAAAUAAAAGAUUCCAAGAAGACAGAGAAUUUUUACCUGGUACUAUGUAUCCAGAGACCAACAGAACCAAAAACAAAGGUGUUUGUAGCAGCAUAAAUGAGCUUACAACGGAUUCCACUCCAAAGAAAACACAGACUCACUCACAGCAAAAUAUGGUAGAAAAAUUUUCUCAGUUACCAUUCAAAGAAUCAAAACCAUGUACCUCAAAUUGCAAAAUUAAUAGUUUCAGAACAGUGCCAAUAGAACAGAAACAAGAAAUCUGGAGUUCAAACCAGAAUUACGUUUGUAACAUGGACCUUGAAACUGAUGGCCUUUCACCCUCUGUUGUCCCUUCAAGUCCCAAAGACGUUGUCAGUUUUGUUUCAAGAGGAGCUUCAAGUCACCAGCCCAGAAUUCCAGUUUUUCCUGAAAAUGGUUUGCAACAGCAAGCAGAGCCCUUACUUCCAAGUAACAUGAAGUCUGCCUGUGAAAACCGUUCAGGGUGUUGUAGCUCUCCCCAGUCUAAGCCAAAUUGUCCACCCCUUUCUCCGCCGAUGCCACUGCCCCAGCUGUUACCUUCGGUUACUGAUGCCAGGUUGGCCGGACCCUCUGAUCAUAUUGAUUCCUCAGUCACGGGCGUUCAAAGGUUCCGAGAUACUCUGAAAGUACCCUACAAGCUGGAGUUAAAAAAUGAGCCAGGGAGAACGGAUUUGAAGCACAUUGUUAUAGAUGGGAGCAAUGUCGCAAUUACCCACGGUCUGAAAAAGUUCUUUUCUUGUCGUGGAAUUGCAAUUGCAGUUGAAUAUUUCUGGAAGCUUGGCAACAGAAACAUCACUGUAUUUGUCCCACAGUGGAGAACAAGGCGUGAUCCUAAUGUCACAGAACAGCACUUCUUAACCCAGCUCCAGGAGCUUGGAAUACUGUCUUUAACUCCUGCCCGGAUGGUCUUUGGAGAGAGAAUUGCGUCUCAUGAUGACAGGUUUCUGCUACACUUAGCGGACAAAACUGGUGGCAUAAUUGUAACAAAUGAUAACUUCAGAGAAUUUGUGACUGAGUCACUCUCUUGGAGAGAAAUUAUUACAAAAAGAUUGCUUCAGUAUACCUUCGUCGGGGACAUAUUUAUGGUUCCUGAUGACCCUCUGGGAAGAAGCGGACCUCGAUUAGAAGACUUUCUUCGGAAGGAGGUCUUCCUCAGAGAUAUGCAGCCCCUCCUCAACGCUUUGCCAAACGUGGGCAUGUUUGACCCCAGCUUCAGAGUCCCUGGCACCCAGGCAGCCAGCACCAGUCACCAGCCUCCAGCCCGGAUUCAGGGCGCCCCACCCAGCCACUGGCUUCCUCAGCAGCCCCGCUUUCCAGUCCUGCCGAACCUUCCCAGCAUGCAGCAGAGCGUGCCCAUGCCGGCACAGAGGUCUCCUGCGGAAACCAGCGAGCUGAGGGAAGCCCUUCUGAAGAUCUUCCCGGACUCCGAGCAAAGACUGAAAAUCGACCAGAUACUGGCGGCACAUCCGUACAUGAAAGACCUGAACGCGCUGUCUGCCAUGGUGUUGGACUGAAACCGCUCUAGCUGGUGUCCGCGCGGCAGCAGGAAGCCACGUAAUGUGAAGAGACCGAUUUCCCAGUGGAAAUGCUGUUGUAGUGUAUAGAAAAGAAAACAGAUGUUUUGUGUAUAAAAAAAUCUGGGUUUUCAAAACCAGCUUUUUCUAUAUAUAAAUUAUGCUGCUAUUACAGAUUUAACAUUUUCUGUAAAAGGAAAGUACAUUUUCUGCCUGUUCAGAACUGUUUAAUAGCAGUUACUCUUGAGUGUAUUUACAUUUUUAUGUUUUUUAAACUAUUUUCCUUAAAGCUGAAAAUAUUGACAAAUGGAUAUGAUUAGCCUUUCUAAAUAAAAAAAGAGUUGCUUUCUUAGGGAAAGCAAGACCUCUUAAAGUAUA